AUGUCAUGUGUUGGUUUUUCUCGACAGCAAGCUCUGGUGAGGAGUCCAGCCAACCGACCCCUUGCUCUCACCAUUGUCACCGAGCUGGUCAACAUGCAUCUAGUUGUGGUCAUGCUGUGCUUGGCGCUGGCCCACAAUGGCCACAGCUGUGGCUUGACCAACAUUUCCAUCUCAGUGGAAAGUGAAGAAUGCAGAGGCUGCAUCACCAUCAACACCACCGCCUGCGCUGGCCUGUGCAUCACCCAGGAGCCUGUGUACAAGAGCUCCCUGGCCCCAUACAUCCAGCAGACCUGCAACUUCAGGGAAGUGGCCUAUGAGAAGGUGCACUUGCCAGGCUGUCCUGACGGAGUGGACCCUUUCUUCACCUACCCCGUGGCUCUGAGCUGUGAAUGCAGCCAAUGCAACACUGACAGCACCGACUGCGGCCCACUUAACAUAGAGGUGACAGGAUGCCUGGCCCACUAG